GAUUUGAAAUAGGAUCCCUGCUUUUUCUGCUAUCUGUCUUGUGCGCGAGCGUCUGCUAGAAGUCGAGACGCUCUUAACGCAGACGCGCAGCGAGAUUCGCUGACAUUCAUCUGCUCGCCGCACCAGACUGGACUCGAACACUUCACCUGUGAGGAGAGAGGAAGAGAGGGUGUUCAGAUCUCUUACAGCCUGCUCCAGAAGAGCGAUGGAUUCGCGGAGGAUCGCAGCUUUGCUCCUCGCUGCCUGCUUCAGCGCGUCGGCUUCAGAUCAGUUCGAAACGGAGUGUUAUACAGCAAAUGGAGAGGACUACAGAGGUCGACAGAACCAGACAAGCCUGGAAGGAGGAAGACCAUGCCUUUUCUGGAAUGAGACUUUCCAGCAUCCAUACAACACCAUCAAAUACCCCAACGGAGAAGGAGGCCUGGGACCACACAACUUCUGCAGGAACCCAGAUGGAGAUGUUCGGCCGUGGUGUUAUAUCGCAGAUCUCGAGGACGGAAUCUACUGGAAAUACUGUGAUAUUCCCACCUGCCAAAUGCCUGGUAACCUGGGCUGUUUUAAGGACAGCGGUGAUCCAACACCUCUAUCUGGAGGCUACCAGACCUCCAACAAACUCACCAUUCAGAACUGCAUCAGCUUCUGCCGCAACCAGCGAUACAAGCUUGCCGGGAUGGAAUCAGGCUAUGCUUGUUUCUGUGGCAAUGACAUUGAUUAUCAUCAUCACGGUGAUGCUCCGAGCACCGAGUGUAACCAUGUGUGUUUUGGAGAUCACACUCAGCCGUGUGGAGGCGAUGGACGUGUCAUAGUCUUCGACACAAAGGUAGGCGCUUGUGGGGGAAACUUCACAUCGCCCUCUGCAGUGAUCUAUUCUCCAGAUUUCCCGGACAAAUACAAACCUGGCAGGGUCUGCUACUGGACCAUUCAGGUUCCAGGUGCUUCUGUCAUUCUGUUCAACUUCACUUUCUUUAAUAUCGUGGAUCAGACUGAUAUGGUGGAGCUGUUGGAUGGCUACACCAAUCAGGUUUUGGCGCGAUUUGAUGGCCGCAAUCCACCGCGGGACAUCGUGAACGUCACUGCAGACUUCGUCAUCCUGUAUUUUUACUCAGACAGGACUAAUGAGGCGCAAGGAUUUGCUGUUCUUUAUCAAGCUUUUGGAAAACAAGCGGUCACACCUCUGGAGGAGGAUGAGGAUGGUGACGAAGAGGACUCCAGUACAGUGCAGCCACAUAUGAGAAGCACUACAGCCAAAUCCAAUACCAGUCAGAAUGGAAAAUCCUCCCACCGGUACUAUGUAAUCACAUCAAGUCCUGCAGACAUGCCAGGUCAGUGGCAUGAACCGGGCCGGACCGCGGGCCACAGCACCAUGUGGACCGUCUACGCAUUAGCUGCUCUGCUAACGCUAACAGUCAUAGCCAUGGUGGCUAAGUUGCUCCUGCAUCUUACUGUAAAAUCCCCGUCCAUCCCGUCAAUCAGCGGGUCGGAUGCGUGUGCACAGAGCACCACGUCUGAACCCUGGAUCAUCUUCUACAGACCUUCCACCAUCUCUCUGUUUAAGAAGAAGCUCAAGAACCACCAUGGAGACCUCAGCCCUCUCGUGGGGAACUAACCUCACCGCCUCUGACCUCUACAGCUGCUUUAGACUCUACAGGAUGCACACACUGUACCCAUGCUGGAUCCCAUCCAUGUCCUAAUGUGUCCUAGCUUACACGUGCCGAUCGGUUGUUGGGAAGAAGCUGCGCAAAAAGAGUUUACUCUUAAUUUGCAUCUUAACCAAUCACAACUCAUGUGACAGGUGCACAUAAGCACCGAGCGAUUUUAAUAAGCAAAAGAGCGCCGGGAUGCUACCAAACGAACAAGUGUCCAUUGCUGCAAAAUGGAAAGAUAUUUCUCUAGAUGCUUUCACAGAAGCCGAUAAGCGUCUGAAUUGGAGCGCACUGAAAGACUAAACCUAAUAAAACCACGGUACCCAGCCAGCCCCUGUGGAGGAGAGAUACCGUUCAGUUUCGCUCGCUUUUUAACCUCUAAUGUAGGUCACCUGUUGUUGAGGAGCACAGAACUCCUUUCUUCAGAUGUAAGAGAGCUGGCUGAACUGGCGGAGGAUUGAUGUCACAAUCAUGUCCAGAGCAAUUCGGACUCAACAAGAAAAAGCGAGAGAGAGAGCGAGAGAGAGAGAGAGAGAGAAAGAGGUGGAUGGCGGAGAACCAAACUUGAAAUCGCUAAAGUUGGGCGAUGUUCAAAACAUCUCUGUGGACCUCACUUUCGUCUCUCGUCGUUUGUGUAGGGUUUUGAUCUUUCUGCGUUGCCUUUUAAGUGCCUUAAGGACUAAAAAACAAAAAAAAACUAAACUCUUUUGUCUGUCUUCUAUGCUGUCACAAUGCCUCGAUGAUUAACAAGCAUUAAUUCUUCGGAGCAAAUGAGAAUAAGCACUAAAGAUGUGAUUUUUUUUCUUCUUGGGGAAUCUCGGGAUAAAUGUUGUCCUGUGGGUGUCAU